ACCCAACACAUGGACGCUUGCAUUGUAACUGGCGCCUCUCGCGGACUCGGCCGUGCCAUUGCCAUGGCUCUUGCCUCUGCACAUGCGACGGCUGCGGCUGGUCAAGACCAUCCGCUUCUGUCUGGGGCGGGCAUGCUGGCCAUGCUGGUGGCUCGAAACGAAGCUGAUCUGGCGACCACGGCGGAAGCGGUCAACGAGGUCGAGGGCGUGACUGCUCGGUGUUUGGCGGCUGAUCUGGCGACGGUAGACGAGAUGGAUGCCCUGGUCGAGUCGAUGGUCGGUGCGGUGAAGGAUGCGCUUGGAAAUGGCGAUGGCGGCUCGCUCAUUGUGGUCCACAACGCUGGCUCGCUCGGCAACCUCAAGUAUGUCGAUGAGUUCGCCGGAGAGGGGAUGGUGACCACCAUCUCGUCGACCAUGAGCCUCAACAUGUCCUCGCCCAUUGCUCUCACUGGAGCGCUGCUGGCUGACGGUGGUAUCGCCUCGCUCUUUACCAACGUUGUUGUUGUCAACAUCUCGUCGCUGCUGGCGGUCCAGGCCUUCCCUUGCUGGGGCCUCUACGCCGCACACAAGGCUGGCCGUGACAUGUUUUUCAAGGUCCUUGCCACUGAGGUGGAGCACAUCAAGGCUGAGCGCGGGAUGGGUCUUGUUCGUGUCCUCAACUACUCACCGGGCCCGCUGGACACUGCAAUGCAGGGCGAGGUCCGCACCGCCAUCUCGGACGCGAGCCAGCAGCAGCUGUUUGCCGGCAUGAAGGAGGAGGGCAAGCUGGUGACGGUUCAGGCGUCGGCAAACAAGCUGAUGGCGCUACUUGCAGGCAACGCGUACGACGACGGCGCACACAUCGACUACUACGACGAGCUUCCGGCAGGAGGCGGCAGCAGCAGCGGGUGAUGGCGUUUACUUGCGGCCGUAGACCUUCUUGAACGACCACGGGACAUAGUUGUGCUUGCGCAUGUGCUCGUACUGCUUGCGGAAGGUGACGGCGGUGAGAACGACAAAGUACAUGAGGAGGACCGGCCAGUAGACCGGCACGUCAAAGAUGGCAAAGAAGGUGGAGAAGAGCGCGGCAAGCGUGGCCCGCGUCGCCGAGUACCAGAACGCAAACUCGGGGAGCUUGCGCAUAAACG